GUCAUCACUAAAUGUAAUACUAUUCAAAUUAAAUAAAAAAUCGAUUUUAACCACUAAGGCCAUUUUUAGUCUGUAAAAUUUCCUACAAAUGACAACAAGUUUGAACACGUUCUGACGCGUAGUUUGAUUAUUUUGGUUAUUCUUGUUGAGAAUUUCUAGUAAACAGCCGUCAAAAUUAUUUGUGAUUGCAGUACAAAUUCAAAUUAUAAAAAUAAUAUAUUCAAACAGCUCAAUUGACUUGAGAUUUUUUGUGAAAAUGCCACAACAAAAUAAUGGAAAGAAAAAGUUUAAUCUCUCUGCAAUGAGUGAUGAAGAAAUUGUAAAUUUUAUGAACUCAGCUGAAACUGAUGAUGAAUGUGAAGAUUUUGACCUCAGUUUUGAAGAUCCAGAUUAUCAUUGCGAUGAGCUUCAACCUGAACCUAAUACAACAAUAAACAGUAAUUUCCAACUACUGGAUUUUGACAACAGAUUCAAAGAUCCAGAUUAUCAGUGUGAUGAGCUUCAACCUGAACAUAGUACCAUUAUAAAUAGCUGUUUGCAACUAAUGGAUUCCUCAUCGCUUACAAAGGCACUUCAUUUUUCAAUGAAUGUUAGCAAUUUUAAUUUGAGUGAAAUUGAUGAACCAAAACAAACUGUAACUUUAAACAAAGAUAUAAGUAUAACACUGCAAAAUGAAGAUGCUAAUCCAGCACUUCACGAACUACAAACAAAAGCUACUAUGUCAACACCACAGAGUGAAGUUGCGAUAAAAACGUCAUUCAAACCAAAGAAAAGAGCUCGAUCACCAUUACCAUGUGUAGAGGUUUCAGGACCACCUGUAACACCAUCAGCUGGUGGGUUCACAGGAGCUAGCUUGGUAGAUAUUCACAAAAACUCAGAUGAGUUCAAACAAAUCGUUUGGCGUAAAAAGUGUAUGCAAUUACACGUCAAUGAAGUAGCAUUUAGAGGAAGUACAGACCUACCACCUGUAGUAAAAAAACUGCAAUCACCAUUGGAUUUUUUUAACUAUUUUUUUACAGACGAUCUGGUAGAAUUGAUUAGUUUGGAAACGCAUCGAGCUGCAAUUACAAAAAACUUGAACACAAAGUUCAAAAUUGACAAAUAUGGGAUUCGUCGAUACAUUGGAGUUUUGAUUUUUAUGUCAGUUUACCGUUACCCAAACAUUGAAGAUUAUUGGAGUGAAUUCGGAUUUGGACACAUACCAGAGAGUAUGCCAAAAAACAGAUUUGAGCAGAUAAAAAAAUAUUUAUCGUUCAACGAUGAAUCAAAACGAGUCAAAAAAGGUGAUAUAGGAUAUGACCCAAUUUUUCGGAUCAGAAAAGUUGCAACACAUUUGCUUGAGCGCUUUGAUUCAAUUCCAAAAAAUGCUCGAUUAUCAAUUGACGAACAAAUGUGUUCCACAAAAAUGGUUCACCAUUUACGGCAGUAUUUACCUGACAAACCUCAUAAGUGGGGUGUAAAGCUCUUUGUUUUGUGUGACAGCAAUGGAUACUCAUACCGUUUUGAAAUAUAUACCGCAGCCAAAAAUGAUGACAUAGUUCUGCCUUUUACUCCAAACAUUGGAGCAACAGGGAAUGUUGUUAUUAGGUUGUCGCAAACAAUACCAAAUUUUGUUAAUCAUAUAUUGUAUUUCGACAAUUUCUACACAUCUCUGCCAGUUAUGGUGUAUCUAAGAGCACGUGGCAUUUAUGCUCUUGGCACUGUGAGAGCAAAUCGUAUUCCCAAGUGCAAACUUCCUGAUGACAAAAAUGAAGAACUGAAAAAAGCUCCACGAGGUUAUUCAAUAGAAUUUGUUGGAUCGGCUUAUGGUGUUGACAUCACCACAGUUUUGUGGAAAGAUACGAAGAAUGUCAGACUGUGCUCAACUUAUGUUGGUACUAAGCCCUUCCAAAGAAAUAAUACAUCAAGUCAAUUAUCAAAAGUAGCUCGAUACAAUAAAAAAAAAAGUUCAUAUGAUGAAAUUGAUUGUCCGCAAAUUAUCAGAGAGUACAACACACAUAUGGGUGGUGUCGAUUUAAUGGACUCUUAUUUGGGUCGCAAUGGACUCAAAAUUAAAACUCAGGACAUGGCAACCAGGAUCUUCUAUCAUUUUCUGGACAUGACUGUAACAAAUGCGUUCAUUUUGUAUAGAAGACUUAAUGCUGAAAAUAAUAAAACUGUGGAUAGUGAUGAUAAAAUAAAAGACAUGACCAUGAAGGAAUUUCGCGUAAGCAUUGCUAAAGAACUCUGUGUUUCUCUUGAAAAACGUUCAGUUGGCCGUCCAUCUGCUACACAACCAACUAACAGAAAUUAUGUCGGUAGAAAAGCAGCUCAUCCAGUAGCAAGUGUAAGAUUCGAUGAAAUGAAUCAUUUUCCUGAAUGGGGAUCAAAAAAAUCGUGCAAAUUUUGCAAAAAAUCUGACACACACACAUUUUGCACUAAAUGUAAUAUCCACUUGUGCUUUUCCAAAGCAAAGAAUUGUUUUAAAGACUAUCAUCAAAAUGAAUAAUACUCUUUUUUUAUGCU